CUGACAAGAUAAUGAAAAUGUUUAAGCGCACGUGUUAACAUUGUGGGAUGGUUUUGAAAUAGAUUCGCAGCUGGAAAUACCCCGAAUUGGCUCCAGGUGGAACAGAAAGAAAGUAGCGAGAGACUGAGCGCUCAGUGACGGCCGGGGACCGAGCAUGAUCUUCCUCGGAGUACUUCUGAACGUCUUCAUCACAGGCAGCUCCCUGGCCUCCGCCUCACUCCCCCUGCCCGCGGCGGACUGCCUGGAGGCGCAGCUGAGGUGCGUCACGGACCCCGAGUGCUUGCCCGCUUACCGGGUGCUGGAAUACUGUGCCGACGAAGAGGCAGUGUCCCCCCUGGCGCCCGAGUCGCGCCAUGAGUGCCUGGAGGCACAGGGCGCCCUGUUGCAGUACCGCCCCCUGCUGGCCUGUAAAUGCCAGCGUGGCGCGAGAAGGGAAGAGCAAUGCCUUAAGGUCUACUGGACUGUCAGGUUCUCAGAGGGUAAGGAUGAGUAUCACGUCUCCCCGUACGAAGACCUGCAGGUUGGGCUGCUGAGACACAUCGACGUAGCACACAUGGCCUCCAUAGUGGCAGCAUCCUCGCUCCCCUUGGAUGGGCAGAACCACUGCCUGAAGGCGGCGCAGGACUGCGGCCUGUACGAGAAGUGUGGCUCGCUGCGCUCCGAGUACGUUCUCGCCUGCACUAAGCGUGUGCCGGGCUCCGACCGCUGCAACCGGCAGAAGUGCCACCGGGCGCUGCGCCGCUUCCUGGAGCGCGUGCCUGAGGAGUACAGCUUCGGCGUGCUCUUCUGCCCCUGCGCCGACGCACUAUGCGGGGAGCGCCGCCGCAAGACCAUCGUGCCCUCCUGCUCCUAUGAGGAGCCUGACGGCAAGCCCAGCUGUCUCAGCCUGCAGGGAUACUGCCUGAGGGAUGAGCUGUGCAGGUCCCGACUGGCCGAUUUCCAGCAUAACUGCCAGACCUCCUCGCAGUCACCCUCUGGGUGCCUGAGUGAUAGCAGAGCUGUCUGCCUGAAGGCGUACGCUGGACUGAUAGGCACCAUCAUGACCCCCAACUACGUGAGCAACAGCAGCACAGAGGUGUCGCAGUGGUGCAGCUGCGAGGGCAGCGGCAACCGGUGGCAGGAGUGCCUGCGCGUGCUGCACAUGUUCGACACCAACGGCUGCCUACGCAAUGCCAUCGGCGCUCUGGGAGGCUCGCCGCCCCGUCCAGUGGAGAGGACCUCGCCGCCGCCCCCACGCCCCACCCCCAGGCCUGUCCCCACCAUCCAGCAUGACAUCAUCAUCGCCAACGCUCUGCCUGACCUCAGCACUGUGGACGAGAGUGACGAGGAGGAGGGUGAACAAGAGCGCCAAGACUUCAACGUGAUCCCGCCAUACUCGAAGGAGUCGAACGUGGGUUCUGGGGCUCGGGGGAUCCUCUGGGGUCCGUCCCUGCUGACUCUGCUGCUGACUGGCGUUGCUCUGACCAGGGGUUGCCAGGGAUAG